AUGGCCAUGGUGGAUCAAACCCAGCGCCCUGCCCAACUCCGGCCCGACAAACGCGGCGGCGGCGGCGGCUCCUCCACGUCCGACUGCCGCACAGACGACAAACGCCCGUCGGCCAGCUUCCUGGACACCUUUCCCCGCGCCGCAGAGGAUGGUCAAGCGCCGGACCCGGUGCUGGAGACGAGUCUUGCGAUGAGGAAGUUGUCGGAGGCGUUUGGUAAGUGCAAUGUACAUCUUUUUUUAUUUUUUUACAAUUUUAUCUUUAUGUUUCUUUGCACAGCGUAUUCAAAAACGAUUUUUUUGGUUAAAAAAAGUUAAAAAAAAAUUUUUUGGCCGGUCGUAAAUUUGAAAAAAAAAAUAAUUAAAAAUGUGAAAAAAAAAUUAAAAAUGAUGAUUAUUGGGCCGAAAAAAAAUAUAAAAAUAGCAAAGAUGAAGUCAAAACUAUGUGGUUUUUGCUAGAUCAUCGCUUUUUUCAAAUUGCAAAUGACUCAGUGUUCUAUUCUAAGCCGUCAUACUACUCAUUUUCAAUUAUCUUUUGAUCUUACAUUUUUUUUUGUUUUUUUUGAAGACAGCUCUUAUUUUUAAAAAAGGCCGGAGUUGAUCCUAAAAUACGACUUUACAAGGAAUUUUAGAGCUGCUGUUCUUUCUUGAUAAGCUCUAG